AUGUCAAGUGAGUUAAGGAAAAAUUACCAGAUAGACUUCCAACCACUGCCUGAUGAAUUUCCGGGGCCGGAUAUUUCUAGCAUUCUGAAAACAUUGUCUAUCGUGCAAGCAUAUCUUGAAAUAAUAAACUACAGUAACCUACAACAAAAUAAUGACCUUAGACUGGUUAUAAUAGGAGCAUUGGGCAACAAGCAACUCAAACAGGCAUACCUAUCAAUGACCGACUUCGUUCAGUUGAUGAUCGUACCAAAAAAGGGUACCAUGGCUGGGAAUUCAACAAUAGCGGUAGGGAUGACCCGCAAAAUGAUAAAGAAUAUUACAUUCAAGACGGCCUUUAGAGAUUUUUUUAAUCUAUAUGGAUGGGUAAUUGAUACCUUAUUACAUGAUGAUCUAAGUCAGAUGGGAUUGGUGAAAGAAAACUUUCAAUAUUUUGUGAAUGCUAUCGAGUUUUUAAGUGAUGAAUCGUAUAAUGAUGAUGAUGACGCUUUUAAUUCAGAGGCAAAUACUCAUUCCAGAACAAGAAUUUAUGAAGUUGAUCCACAAUUGGAAUACCUCACCCAGGCAAUUGCUUGUAAAUACCAACUUCAAAAAGCAAGCGAUAUUAGAAACAAUAUAAGGCAGUAUUUGGGCCCCUUGGAUUUCCAGGAAUUUGCCGACUUGGAGUCUCAAUUGACGGGCAAAAAAUUGAUAAGAAAGGAUGGCUCUUCAAUUAAUAUUGAAUUAUUGAAUACAGACAAAAACCUUGCAGAAGAUCGCGGUUUGCUGAAUGAACACGACAAAUUAUAUGACAAUUAUGAAGCAAAGAAAAUACAAGCACUCUAUGGACUCUUGAAAUUCUAUAUCGGGGACUUGACUUGUUUUUCAAUGGAAGAAUCAUAUUCUGAUAAAGGUCUUAUCCUAGAUUCGGCUAAGAAAUCUGUGGAAGAAAAUGGUUUUAUGGCGAGGGAUCGUCGUUCAUGGCUUAGGCAUUUGGAAGAAAGUAUAAAAGAUUUUGAGAAACUGAAGAAAAAUUCAGUAGCCCAAGAUAAAGCAGUUGGGCCAGCCAAUGCUAAGGUUAAUAUUAAGACUAAGGCAAAUGAUAACAUUCCUCCUACAAUAGGAUCAUAUACAAGCAGUGAUAAAACUAGUGUUGAUGAAUUGAUUGUCCAAAAGAAGCUUCAAGUCUACAAAAAAUUCUCACGCAAACAUCCACAUAUAAUGAUGGAUGAAAAAAUAAAUUCACUUUCAUCUCCAGCAAAAAACCACAAUAUAAAGUCACAAAUCUCUACUGAACAUUCGUUGUUCAGAAAUAUAAAAGUCUUAGUGCAAUACCGACUCGUUAAUACUAGGGCAAAGAGUUGGAUAGCUAUUUUAAUUUUGAAUUUGGUGGUAUUUUUGGUAGCGUUGUUUUUUAAAAGAAAAGGUGAAAAAGUUAAAAGAAUUUGGAAGCUAUUAAAGAACUUCAUGGUGUGA